AUGCCUUUGACGACACAUCAUCAUCUGGAGCUACCGCCACUUUCAGAGAUUCUACCCGUGGUGGAUAAUUAUUUUAAAAAGUAUAACCGACUUAUGCCUUUGUUUGAUGAGCCUACGUUCAUGAGGAUGCUACUUGAUUGGCAAUCAUCUCCGAAUAAGAGGUCUAUGGUUCCUUGGGCAGCAGUUAACAUCGUCAUGGCGAUAAAUUACCGUGUCCUCGAGGGUAGAUACAUGGAUGAUCCACCACUCGCCCAGUGCGUCCGGAAUAUCCGGUCCGUCAUGACGGAGCUGAUGACACCCGGGCAAGACCUCAUGGGAGUACAAGUUUUACUUGCGAUGGCGAUAUUUUAUCAGGGGUCUGCUGACUUUCAGCUUGCUAUCGUUUUGAUGGGGAGUGUUGUGAGGUUGGCGCAGAGUUUGAGGUUGCAUUCGAGAUUGGCGUCGCAGGGGGUUUCAAAGGCGGAGGCGCUUUUGAGGUGUCGUGUUUUUUGGAUUGCUUAUAUUUACGAUAGGGAGUUGGCGUUGCGGUGUAAAUCGCCUUAUUAUCAACUCGACAGCGAGACAGAUCUGGAUCUACCCCCCGCAGACCCUGAAGACGGACUGGGAGUCAUUAUGUCUGACACGGAUUCUGUGCAGCUCAACUUUCUGCGGGUUCGGGUGCAACUUGCUUUUAUACAGGGAAAAACGAAUGAUCUCCUGUACAGUCAAAAGGGGCGGAAACUCACGCACGAACAACGAUCUAACAACAUCACCCGCAUCGAGGAGAGAAUGAACGAGUGGCUCAGGACUAUACCCCCAGAGUUGCAAACAGCCGAGGGUAUAAAGCAGCGUCUCCCACCGAUGCCUACGUUGCUGAUGCUCAACAUGUUUUACCGCCACUUUGAGUGCCUGAUUCAACUCCACAACAUCUUUUCAUUUGAUGAUGUUUGGAUUGAUAGGGUGAAUAGUUAUCUCUCACCGGCUGUUAUUGAAGUCAAGGAUGAUGAGCCGGACGGAGAGCUUAUCCGGGCUGGACUUGCGCCGUUGCCGCCUGGGUGGACGGGAUGUGUGAGUGGUGCGAGGCUGUGUAUGGAGCUCAUCACCAUGGGACGACAGAGUGAAUUCACUCUCUGGCUUCACACAUGCGGAUCAUACUCCUGCCUCGUCCUCCUAAUCGUAAACAUGAUUGAAUUCCCGGCGCACGACCACGUCCCAACAGAUCGAAGGAUUUCAGAUGCAUGCCUGGUAAUGUUUGACGCCAUGUGUCAAAAACUACCCAAAGACCCGUUUGGAAAGUUGUUGGGCGUGGUGAGAGAGUUGGAUCGACGAGCAAGAGGACAAGUGAACCGUUUGAUGCGGACAAAGGAGGGAAUCGGUUUGAGUGAGGAGAUGAGUCCUUCUCUUGCGUGGACGAUUUUGGAGGAUAUGGAGUUGUGA